AGAACUACAAGAUCCUCAAGUAAGGUUAGGAAAAAGUAAAUUGUUGUCUUUCCGUUAGUAAAUGUAGGUUUUCAAGAUUUUAGGAAUGAAAAUAGAAAUAAUUAAAUCUAAAAUACCUAAAUAGAGAUAAAUAUUUUACCUUUUUUUGAUAUAAGCCAAAAAAUGGCUAGUGAUAGUUUUUCUUCAGAGGACAAUUCCAGAGAAUGUUUCAAAGAAGUUCAGAAUGAACCAAGGGUAGUCACACAGUAUGACAAUAGUGUGUGGAAAAAUAUUGUAUGUUUGGAGACAGGAUGCAAUUUUACAUUCGAAACAAAAAAGGCAUUAAUGGGACAUUUGAUUAAAACUCAUGAUCUCUCUUUCGAAUUGGAAGAAUCAGAAGUGACGAACUGGCAAGAAUUCCAAACUUGGAAGGAUCUCAUGGAAGAAAGAGAAAAAUGCCAUUAUGUGUUGUUCUCCAGAAAAUAUGACAAAAUUACAAAUCAAACAUUGAGUUUGAUGUUCUCCUGCUUAGGAAAUAGGACAAUCAAAGGUGAAAAUGAGCAAUCUCAACUUGAACACUCUUGCACUAGCGUGAUUGAAGCUAAAGAAGUCAGCGAAUCUUUGAUAAGUAUAGAAUGGAUUAGAACACAUUAUGGACAUAUCUGCAAUAGCAUGAAUGUCAACGUUAAAAUUGAAAGAGAUUUGGACUUGCCGCCCGUUGAUAAAGAUAUGGAAGUAGUUCAACCUGAAUUCACAUUUGUUAAAGUCGAAGAAAAAUCCUCGACAACAAAUUGUAUUCAGACACCCAUAGGAUUUGGUACUGACGACAGCACAUUCUCCCUGGAUUCAUGGGUCAGUGAAUGUGGUGCUUAUCAGGACAACCCAGUAUUGUUUUAUAAACCAUCAAACUGUACAGUGGAAGGCUUCUCAAUUGACGACUUUUGCUUGAUAGUAAUGACCAAUUUCCAAGCAGAUAUGUUGAAGAUGUACCCGGAUAUUGUGGCCAUAGACAGCACUUACGGUUUGGAAGAUUGCGAGUUCGAACUCACAACACUUCUGAUCAUCGAUAAAAAGGGAGAACUCUUUCCGGCUGCGUUUAUGAUUACUAAUAAUGACAGUAGGCCUGUGAGUACCUUCUUUUUCGAACACGUGCGGGAGAAAGUUGGUGCUGUUUCUCCACAAAUAUUUAUUUCAGAAAUGACUGGAAAAUUUCACGACUCCUGGUCUGCCGUAAUGGGUCCUAUAACGAAUUGGUUGUUCUGCUCUUGUCAUUUGGAGCAUAUCUGGAAGUUGAACUUGCUGAAUAUAAAAAAUAGAGAUAAACGAAUCUGGGUGUAUGAAACGUUGAAGGAACUGCAGCUGACGUCUGAGGAGGAAAAGUUCAUAAAUGCUCUGGAUUCCGCGAUAAACGAAAUACUGAAUGAUCAAGAAACCUUCGCGUUCGGAGAAGCUUUCCAGCAUUCGUACGUUGAUUGUAUAAGACAGUGGGUGUAUUGCUACAGAAAAGAACUUGGGUUAGAAGCCGAUAUAUUUUUGGAUAGCAUGAAGCAGAUGGUGAGGCAUCCAGGGUGCAGAAGAAAAAUUAAAAAACGCGACGAGGUUGUGUGUGACAUGCUGCAAUACGUUAGAGACAAAACAGUAUCAUGCAUAGUCGAGGUAGCUGAGGGAGAUUUGAAAGAAGAAAUAGAUCGGAACCAUGAUAGAUCAGUGCAAAAUGCUUUCGCGGUUUUGAAAUGCAGCGAAUCUUUAUGGAAGCUUCGGCUUGGAGAAGAGGAUAGUUCUGUGUAUUCCGUUGUAAAACUAUCGGGUAAAAAAUGUUGUGACGUCACCUGUUGUAAGUGUGACAUCUGUGUGCAUAUGUAUUCCUGUAGUUGCCCGGCAUAUUUUAUAAAUUCCAAGAUUUGCGAACACAUACACCACAUCGCUUUCACUUAUGCACAUUCAAGAAAUCGGGCGGAAGGUGGAGGCAAAUACGUUGCUGAGCUGGAUCAAGAUGAUGCUGGAUCAGCUGUUCUCAGCACUGUCUCGAAUCCUGAGCUCAUUUCAAAAGUAGUAAACAAAACUAUCAUGAAAUUGCAAAGUGCUGAUUUCAGUAACAUGCCACGAAAUGUUUCUUCACAAGUGUUGACUCAUUUGUUAGCUCUGAACAGUUUGAUAACAUUUGGCGACAACGAUGAUGUAAAUAGUGUUGGUUCAUUUGUAAAUGAACAAUCGUAGUGAUGGAAAUUGCGCGCUCAAAGUGUGCUUGGACAUGUCGAAUUUUAUUAUGUAUUUAUUACAUUCUGUAUAAAAUUAUUUCUUACUUCCUAAUCUUAUUACUGUAAUUGAGAUAGAUUGUAUAUUAAUAAAAAAAAUUGAGUCAUAUCGAAAGUUA